AUGAGCACAGAUGGUACGCUUUAUCAGACAGACAUUUUUGCCGGAGCCAUUGCCAUUCGUCCAUCGACCUUCUCACAGGUAUGGGGGCUAGAUGAGCAUCGAGUGAGCAAUAGACUCCAAGUCCCAAAACCCGCGGCAAGAGUUCUGAAUUCGAGAAAGACACGACAGCCUUACUGCGUAAACGCCGACCGCACGGUCGAUGUGUCCAAGGCGCGGUACCUAGUCUUCGACGAAGCGGACUGGAUGCUGGACAAGGGAGUUGAGGAUGACAUCAAACACAUUAUUUCCCAGGUGCCGUCCGCGAAGAAGCGACAGACGGUAAUGUUCACCGCUACCUGGCCGCAACCUUUACGCAGCAACCCGUUACAAUCACCAUACGGCGAGGAUACUGAUGGCGGAUGUCACGAUUAG